AAAACGGGAAAUUUUCAAACCUCAAAACCACACUUUUGCUGGAGAGAAGCAUUAAUUUAUUUUUUAGUAAAUUGGCAGAAGUUGUUCAACAAGUUUGGUCGAAUUAACAUGGAGAACGCGAGCAUUCAAACCGAUGAUGAGGACCCGAUGGUCGCGGAAAUCCAAAGAUCCGCGGCCACCAUCCUCUACAUUCCGAUGGCGUUUAUGAUCUUCUCGGCGAUCAUGCUGCUGAUUGUGAUCGUAAAUAUUCUGAAAUCUGCCGAGAAACGCAGCACCAUGGUCGGGAAAAUCGUCGCCUGCCAGUCCAUCGCUCUGUUCGUCGGCUACCUUUUGAUCGCAGUUAUUUUGGCAUGUUUGGUCGUGCUAAUUUACAAACCGUCCGAGGCAAUACUUGCUCUCGGCCUGAUUGCUUAUUUUCUGAUUCCUCUUAUGGGCGCUGUUUAUCUGAGUUCCCAUUUUUGGUUGAACGUGCAGUGCUUUGAUGUUUUCUACAACUUUCGGAAUAUCGAGAACAUGUUGAGUGUUGUGAAUAAGGACAAAGAAUCGCACAAAUGCAGAUUUGCAUUGUACUGUUUGUACGCGAUCUUGUUGCCCAUCAUCAUAGCAGUGGCGGCGUUCAUUGUUACAAUGUUAGAGCAAACUGGCACCAACAAAAAAUUAACAUGGGCACCAAUUAUAUUCGGAGCUCCUGUGUUGAUCUUCACUGUGGCCAACUUGAUAUUCGUCGGCAUCACCAGGAGAAACGUUUCCAAAAUGAGACGAGAAAUGAGAAGUUUUGACAGCAAUACCAGCCGAGCAGGAGCGAUUUCAUCAACUUGGCUGACUAUCAAAAUGCUUCUGACCACUCUCGGCAUCACGUGGAUAUUUGAAGCGAUUUUGAUACUCGGCGUUUUCCUUGAAUUUCCACCCAACUUCAUGUUCCUCAUCGUCAUAAUUUGUCUCCUCCGUGGCGUUACCACGUCAGUGAUUUACUUGUGCUUUAAUUUCCAAAGGAAAUAAAGUCCUUUUGUGUACAUUAAAAAUAAUAAUAAGCUCAUUGUUCAAAAAUUACCGAUAUUUUCAGAUAUUUUUUUUUUUUAAUUUUCCAGAUUUUUUUCUGUGGUGAUGUUUUCUUAUGUUGCGAAGUAACAAUUUCUGGAUUUUUUUUAUUUAUAUUUAAAUUUUGCUCAUAAUUUAAGUUUAAAUAUAUAUUUUUACUACAAGCUGCAUUUCUUUUCCACAAAAAGAGAGAGAAAAGAGCAUUGGAAACAGAUUUAAAAAUACUUCCUGUCAAAACGCGACCUCAAAACCACUUUUUUCUGGCUGUGGAAAAGCACAAUUAUAUUUUAACGUGAGGCACAAGUUCUUCUACGCUAGUAUAUUGGGUCGAACCAAACAAGAAUGGAUGAAUCUGAUUACCCAAUAAUCGCGGAAAUCCAAAGAUCCGCGGCCACCAUGCUCUACAUUCCGAUGGCGUUUAUGAUCUUCUCGGCGAUCAUGCUGCUGAUUGUGAUCGUAAAUAUUCUGAAAUCCGCGGAGAAACGCAGCACCAUGGUCGGGAAAAUCGUCGCCUGCCAAUCCAUCGCCCUCUUCAUCGGCUACCUUUUGAUCGCAAUUCUAUUGGGAUUCUUGGUCAUGUUCAUUUACAUAUCGCUCAAAGGAAUAAUUGUACUCGUCAUAAUUGCUUAUUUUCUGAUUCCUCUCAUAGGCGAGUUUCGUGACAGUGAAAUUUCUAAUAACUUUUGU